GCACAAGUCUGGCUUUGUUUWUGUUUAUGUGAAGCGGCUGGACUAAGGUUUUGCGGGAGAACCUUUAUUUUGACACGGUUUGGAGAUUUUAUUUUUUAUUUUUUUAGAAAGUUUUCAGCUUUAAGGAGUCUUCUUAAAUUUGUUGAUUUAAGGCUAAGCCUCUCAGUUGCAGAUGUCUUCUCUCGACAGAAUGAGACUCGUGGUUCUGGUCUUCCUCGGCCUGUUGUCCUGUGGUGCAGCGAGUCUGGACAGGCGCCGUGUCAGACCGAUCCCAGGCAGAGGACAGAAUCACACGACGAGUCAAAGCAAAGCUGUGGAGAACCCUUGUAAAGCCACCCCGCUGGACUUCGUCUUCAUCAUCGACAGCUCCAGGAGCAUCCACCCCAGUGACUACCUGAAAGUCAAGACCUUCAUCAUCAACCUGCUCCAGUUUCUGGAUAUUGGCCACAAUGCAACCCGGGUUGGUCUGCUCCAGUACGGCAGCGUGGUCCAGUCUGAGUUCUCCCUCAACACCUACACCUCCAGAGCUGAGGUGGAGCAGGCUGUGAAGAACAUGACGCACCUCGCCACGGGGACCAUGACUGGUCUGGCCAUCCAGUACACCAUGGAGGUGGCCUUCACUGAGGAGCAGGGGGCCCGGCCCAUAAACCUGCACAUUCCACGUAUCGCCAUGAUCGUGACGGACGGGAGACCUCAGGACACGGUGGAGGAGAUCGCAGCUGAAGCCAGGCAGGCCGGCAUCCAGAUCUUUGCUAUAGGAGUGGGCAGGGUGGACAUGAAGAUCCUGAAGACCAUAGGCAGUGAGCCGCACUCCGAGCACGUCCACCUGGUGGCCAACUUCAGUCAGAUAGAAACUCUGAUCUCUGUGUUCCAGUCCAAACUCUGUGGAGGUUCAGACAUGUGCAAAGUGGUGGACCACCAGUGUCAGCACAUCUGUGUGAGCAGCCCYGCCUCGUACCGGUGCAAGUGCAGGAAAGGUUUCACCCUCAACCYUGAUGGCAAGACUUGCAAAGCUGAUGACUGGUGUGCUUCGGUGGAUCAUGGCUGUAAACACAUCUGUGUCAGCCUGCCUGAUGGCUACGAGUGUCGCUGCCGUCCAGGAUAUGAACUCACCGUCGACCAGAAGACCUGCAACAGAAUAGAUUACUGUGACCUGGGAAACCACGGCUGUGAGCAGAACUGUGUCAGCGUUCCAGAGUCCUACAUCUGCAGGUGCAACAAGGGCUACAGGCUCAACCCGGACAACAAGACCUGCAGCAAGUUGGACCCCUGCGCCGAUGGCAGCCAUGGAUGUGAGCAGGAGUUCCUGAGCACAGACAGCAGCUGUGUGUGUAAAUGUAGAGAAGGCUUCACACUCAGACCUGAUGGAAAAACAUGCAAAAAGACAGACCACUGUGCUGAUGGGAGUCACGGCUGUGAGCAGGACUUUAUGAAUACAGAGGAUUCAUGUGUGUGUAAAUGCAGAGAAGGAUACAGACUGAGGACCGAUGGAAAAACAUGUCAAAGUCUGGAUCCKUGUCAGAUGGUGGAUCACGGCUGUGAGCAUCAGUGCGUCAGCUCCUCUGACUCUUACAUCUGUAGAUGUUUUGAAGGAUUUAAGCUAGCUGAUGAUGGGAAGAGCUGCAAAAAACCCGGCUGUCAGGAUGGGAUCAUGGAUUUAGUUUUUGUGAUUGACGGCUCUAAGAGUCUGGGCCCUGCCAACUUUGAGCUGGUGAAGCAGUUUGUAAACAGCAUCGUGGACUCUCUGAACAUCUCCAGGACGGGCACACACGUGGGCCUCAUUCAGUACUCCACCAAGGUGCGCACAGAGUUCACCCUGGGCCGGUACGUCUCAGCGCAGGGCGUGAAGCGGGCCGUGGCCCAGAUGCAGUACAUGGGCCGGGGCUCAAUGACGGGCUCAGCCCUGCGCCACAUGUUUGAGUUCAGCUUCUCAGACAAAGAAGGUGCCAGGCCCAACGUCCCACGGGUCAGCAUUGUGUUCACUGAUGGAAGAUCACAGGACGACGUUUCAGAGUGGGCCACUAAAGCUAAGAACUUCGGGGUCACCAUUUAUGCCCUGGGUGUUGGGAAAGCCAUCGAACAGGAGCUGAGAGAGAUUGCAUCAGAACCUGCAGACAUGUAUCUGUACUAUGCAGAGGAUUUUGAGAAAAUGGGAGAAAUUUCAAAGAAGCUGAAGUCYAGRAUGUGUAAAGGUAUCSUAAAUCAGUGGAUCCCGUCCUGUUUUCUUCAAAGCCCUUGUUUCUUACUUCCAAGCCAAGCUGAACUCUAUAUACAGUAUAAUUGUAACAGAUUGUUUACACAGGGCAGCUGCUGACGGUUUAUCUGUAAACAAGAUAAAAUUACAUUUAGUUUUUUCUAACAUUCAUCCAAACACAAAUUCAUAAAUACAUUUGAACAUUAUAGUAUCUUAUAUAAAA